AUGAAGCCUGUCGUCUCCGCCCUCAACGCAUGGACAUGCAUCGUCGUGUCCGUCUUCGCCAUCGUCAUUCUCUCCGUUAUCGGAUCGUUGUUUAAGUCCAACAACCACAUCAUGAUGGGUUCCACCGAAGACCCGGAAGACGGCAAGGCCGUCGCGGGCGCCGUGUUCGGAGCCGUCGCCGUCUACGGUAUUGCGGGAGAAGCCGACGUCAGGGACUGA